UGUUGUUUACAGUUUACAUAUCACAUAUAUCGCUUCUUUCGUUUGUGACGACGUGAUAGACUGAUGGACUGCCAGUUUCAGGAUGUUUAGAAUCUGAAAAAAUAGAACUACUAGAUAUCUAGAUCUAGUGGGUACCAAAAGUUUGUGAAAUGGACGAUUUUUCAGGUGAAAUCUCACUGAACCUGGUCAGUGACGAUGUCUCAAAUUUCCCUUCAAGAAAAAAGAUACAUGGUGAUCGGGCAUCUCGAGUAAAGCAGCGUAAAGAAUCAAGACUUGAUAGAGAAAAGAACCAAGGAGGUCAUCUUUUGUCUUCUUCAGCCUCUGGCGAUAACCGUGGAAACCUCAAGAGGAAACAGUUAUCCAGCAAUGAUGAUGGAAAGAAUGAUGGAAUAGAGACAUUCAAAAAGAGAAAAGGAGACAGUAUCAUAUCCUCCCUUUUCAGAAAAAACCCAGAAAUUCCAAACAUCACUGGCUCAGAGGUGGAUGGACUCUCAGAAAAAGUUUUCACAGGGAAGACAUUCAAGGAUUUACCGAUUCAUCCAUAUCUGGUGUCCAAUCUAGAGGAGAAGCACGGUUUUCAUGAGAUGACAGAGAUCCAGCGACGGGCCAUUCCUGUUCUCCUGCGCAGAAAAGAUGCUCUUAUCAAGUCUCAGACCGGUUCUGGCAAAACACUUUCUUACGCUGUUCCAAUAAUCCAGUCUUUGCAGUCGAGAAAAAUCAGAGUUCAGCGGAAUGAUGGGCCAUAUGCUGUGGUGAUAGUGCCUACAAGAGAGCUGGCACUUCAAAGCUAUGAUAUAUUUCUCAAGUUGCUGAGGACUUUCAUAUGGAUUGUGCCUGGCUGUUUGAUGGGGGGAGAGAAGAGAAAGGCAGAAAAAUCGAGGCUGCGUAAAGGAGUGAACAUUCUGGUGUCCACCCCAGGCCGUCUCCUUGACCACAUCAACGCCACCAGUGUCCUGUCGCUGAGACGUGUCCAGUGGCUGGUCAUUGAUGAGGCUGACAGGUUGUUGGAGCUGGGCUACGAGAGGGACAUUGCUCAGAUUCUCAACGCGCUGAAAGCUCAGUGUCCUGACCCCCCACAGACUGUUCUGCUUUCCGCUACUCUGUCAGAAGGUGUCGAGAGGUUGUCCAGUAUUUCUCUCAAUGAGCCCGAGCGCGUCAGUGUGACCGAUGCCCAGGCAUCACGACAGUCCUUCCCCGCAUCUGAUGACACGACGUCAUCAUCAAGGGCUAUAAAUAGCGAUGCGUCAGAGGAAGGAGGGGCCGAGGCGUUUGCCGUACCGUCGCGGCUGAGCCAGCAUUUUGUGGUGACGCCUUGUAAGCUGAGGCUGGUAACGCUGGCCUCGCUUAUACUGUGGAAGUGUCAGUUCACCAAGCCCGGCAGCAAAAUGGUUGUGUUCCUGUCCACACAAGACUCCGUGGAGUUCCACUCUCGGCUGUUUUCCUCCGUCCUCGCCUCGUCUCCGAAAGACACGGUGGGCAAACUGCAAGCCAUGGCGAUGGGAGAGGUGGAGGACGUGGGCGACAGUGAUGAUGAUGAUGAUGAUGAUGACAGUGAGGUGGAUGGUGAUGAAAAGAAAAAGAAGAGCAGCAAGGGAAAGUUGAAGAUUUUCCAGCUUCAUGGAGAGAUGUCCCAGAAGGACCGUAGUCGCACGUUCUCCGAGUUCUCUCAGACCACAACAGGGGUUCUGCUGUGUACAGAUGUGGCAGCCCGCGGCCUUGACCUUCCACACGUGGACUGGAUCGUGCAGUACACGUCCCCUGGUUCGACCGUGGACUACGUCCAUCGCGUGGGCCGAACGGCCCGGGCUGGCACUCAGGGCCACUCACUCUUGUUCCUCAUGCCCUCGGAGGCCGGCUACAUACAAGAGCUGAACCGACACAAGAUCAGUCUGUCCCAGCUGCAGCCAGGCACCAUCACACAACAUCUCCUGAGUCACUUGGAGGAACUGCCCAGCCCGGAUGCAGACACAAAAGAUUUCAGUCGUACAUCAGAGGUUACGCGACUUACUCCAAGGAGGUAAAAGAGUACUUCAGAGUGUCUGAACUUCACUUUGGCCACGUGGCCAAAAGCUUUGCUCUGCGGGAGGCCCCGGGAAAGGUCAGCGGAGUGGCAGCCAAGGUCACCCGCAAGACUUGGAAUCGUCAAGAGAAGCCCAAGAAAAAACCUCUGAGCUUCAAGCAGGCCAUGCUCAAUGAGUACUCGUCUGGACUUCAGAAAGGUCAACAGACAAAGGUCGCAACUGGACGACAGUUGAAGCAAAAGAAGAAGAAAAAGCUGAUGAGAUGAAUACUUAUGUAGGUCAAUAUAGAAUACCGUUCUGUCAUAGAGAGUUCAUAAUAAAGGACAUGUUGUAUCUUCUAUCUGUGAAAAA